UGCAGUGUUUCAAACAAGCAUAUCAGGUUUUUACCAACCAGACAGAAAGAACAACAGAAGGAUGUUCCGUUUCGCUUUAUUCAUUGCUGUACUAUCUUGUACUGCUAAAGAGUUUUCCUCACCAGUGAUAAAACUGAACUCUGCUACACUAAAGCAACCUGAGGUGAUCUGGUCAGCUAAAAAACCCUUCAAUCUGAGGUGCGAUGGACAGAUGGAUGUCAUAUGGAAAACCAGGCUCAACAGACAUCAGAGGCACAUCUCAAAAAAUGUCCUCACUGUCAAAAACCCCACAGUAGAGCACACAGGAACAUACCAGUGCAGAUACAAGAGCCAAACAGACUUGUACUCAGAGGUCCACAUAUAUGUUAAAGAUUUUGUCAAAGCCUUUACAACCCCUCAAACACCCACUAUCAUUAAAAAAGAAGGAUCCAAUUAUUUGCUGGACUGCUUGGUGACGGAUCCAGCAAGUACAGAAUUCUCACUCCAGAUGAAAAAUGGAUCUUCUGUCCCAUUUGAGAUGAACUCUACUGCUGAUCCCAAACGUGGAAUUCUGAUUCGAAACCUUCAGCCCAGAUACAGUGGAGACUAUGUUUGUACUGUGAGGAUUAAUGGAGUCCUAAAGGUGUCUGAAGUCUUUCAUAUCACUGUUUUAAAAAAAGCACAAAGGCCACCAUCUGUAUCACUUGAAGCCAAUCAAUAUGUGCGCAUUGUUGGUGAGAUGCUGCAUAUCCCUUGUUACACAACAAACCAAGACCAUUCAUAUAACAUCACAUGGAGUUCAUCACAAAAGGUAUUUAAACAGGAAAUAAGGAUUGAAGAAGGGUGUGAACAAAUUUGCAUCACUAGUUUUUUUACCAUUCCUCAAGUUAACAUGUCAGACACUGGGAAUUUAACCUGCACUGGCCAGAAUGAAGCAGGAAAAAACAGUGUCACAACAUUUCUCAAAGUUGUUGAUAAACCAUACAUUAAACUUGUACCUAUCUUGGCUGUUGAAUACAAGAAGAAUGGAACAUCUAUUGAAGUGAUCCAGGGGCAGAUGCUUGAAAUUAGUGUGCAAAUUGAAGCAUAUCCAGAAAUCGAGUGGACAUGUUGGAAACCUCCUAAACCUAGGAACACAUCCAAUCAUGAGGAAAAGUUUCACAGGAUUCAUAAUAAAAACCACUACAUAUCCACUAUCCUGCUAAAAAGAGUUGAAGCACAAGAAUAUGGUCACUACAUCUUCAUCUCCAGGAGUGCCAGUGUCAAUGCUUCAAUUACUUUUACAGUUCAUGUGUACCAGAAACCCAAGGCUGUGAUUAAGUGGGAAAAUGGAAAUGCAUCUUGUUUUGCAACGGGUUAUCCUGUACCCAGAAUUCAAUGGUUCCAGUGUCAAGGAGUCAGUACCAUGUGUAGUUACAACCAUACAUCCCCUCUGGUAUUACUGGCCACCCAGUUCAUUUUGGACCGCACAAAAGAAUUUGACCUGGUGCAGGUGACGAGUGUCUUGCCAAUAACUAAUGUAAAUACCAAGUUAACCAUUGAGUGUGUGGCUACAAACAUUGCUGGAGAAGAUCGUGAUUGCCUCACACUGCGAAAUGUUCCUGGCACUAUAUCAAUCUGGCUUACUGUGUUGAUCCCUGUUGUUGUUGUUGGAGCUUUCUGUGUGGGGACACUAUUGUUGUUGUCCAUCUAUAAGUACAAAGAGGCACAGAAGUAUGAAAUACAAUGGAAAAUAAUUCAGGAUAAUAAUGGAAACAGUUCCAAGUAUAUUGACCCCAACCAGCUUCCAUAUGACAAAAAGCUGGAGUUUCCUCGAACUAAGCUGAAACUUGGAAGAGUUCUAGGAGCUGGAGCUUUUGGGAAGGUGGUGCAAGCAACUGCUUAUGGGCUUGUGAAAGAUGAAAACGUUACACAGGUGGCAGUGAAAAUGCUCAAACAAAGUGCCUGCUUUGAAGAAAAAGAAGCACUGAUGUCUGAACUAAAAAUAUUAAGUUAUAUUGGACCACAUGACAACAUAGUAAAUCUUCUGGGGGCAUGUACUCAAGAAGGACCGAUGCUAAUGAUCACAGAGUACUGCUGCCACGGGGAUCUCCUAAACUUCUUGCGUCAAAGAGCUGAAACAUUUGUUAACAAUAUUCUUGACGUUCAUAGUCUUUUUGAGACUUCCAACCUCUACAAGAAUGUUAAAAGCAGUACUGGUUACCAAAAUGCAAAAUCAACAAAGACAUCAAAUGACCUUUUUCAUGGCUCCUGCAAUGAAAGAAUGGAGGAAACAUGGACGUUGGAUAAUAUUAAUUUGCUGAAGUUCUCCUAUCAGGUGUCACAAGGAAUGGACUUCCUUGCCUCUAAAAAUUGUAUUCACAGAGAUUUGGCUGCAAGGAACAUUCUUAUAACAGAUUGCAAAGUAGUCAAGAUCUGUGAUUUUGGUCUGGCACGAGACAUCAUGAAUGACUUAAAUUAUGUGGUAAAGGGGAACGCACGACUCCCUGUAAAAUGGAUGUCACCUGAAAGUAUUUUUGAAUGUGUUUACACCGUGCAAAGUGAUGUGUGGUCAUAUGGCAUUCUUUUGUGGGAGAUCUUUUCCCUAGGUAUGACUCCUUAUCCAAAUGUUGUAAUUGAUGCACAUUUCUACAAGAUGAUUAAAGAGGGUUAUCACAUGUCACAACCAGAUUUUGCACAUCCCGAAAUGUACACAAUUAUGAAAAUGUGCUGGACCCUGAACCCAACUCUGCGUCCGACCUUUGGCAACAUCAGUGAGCAAAUUGCAACGUUACUGUCAAAGGAACUCAAUCAGCAGCAGAUGCUGUAUCCUGAGUUUCAGAGGCAGCUGAUGGGGAAACAGUGCAUCCUGGCACCUGAGUCACUCUACAGAGAGGAGACCCAGCCUUUAAUGAACAGCAGUUUCAUCUAACAUUUGAAAACAAAAACUCUCACUGCAAUGUUAUCUCAUAUGCUAUUAAUUAGAGUCGGCUCUAGUUUUGAAUAUAACAAAGUGGGAUUUGUGUAUAGUGUAAUGCAUUUAAUCUUAGCAGUGCUUACUAUAUAUAAUAUUUUAUAAUAUUCGUUUUUCAUCUAACACUAUAGUAGCUAACAUUUCCAUGCAUGUUUAUGUUUAUUUUCCCUGCCCAUUAUUGGAACUUUACAUAAAGCUUAAACUAUUUUAUCCUUUUUACUCAUUAUUGAGAGGUUUUUAAUGCGUCAUUGUAAUUAGGGUUUAAAAAAUGAAUUUGUAAACACGCAUAUUAACAUGAACUAACAUUACUAUAUACAGUAGCAGCACUGUUUAUUGCAUUUACAUAUUUGGCAGACCCUUUUAUCCAAACUUACAUUGCAUUAUACUAUAUAUUUGUGUCUAAGUAUGUGCAAUCCAUGUGAUCAAACCCAUGACCUUGGCGUUGCUAAAGCCAUGCUCUAACCACUGAGGCACAGGCAUUAACUAAUAUUUCCAAAUAUAACAUUUUUGUUAAGCAUCACAUUGUGCUAAUUAUUAUUUUUUAGCUUUGAAAGCUUUUAAGCUUUUAGAGUGAAAGAUGACAGCAUAUUAAAUAUAAUAAAAGUCUAAAAGACCAAACAAACAUAUAAUUGUUUCAUUGUCUCAAAAAGCUAAUGCAAAAAAAGCUAAAAUAAGGCACAUUAUUUUGUACACUGUUGUUUAAACUUUUUAAGUUCUAUAUUACUGAGAAAAUAAGCUGAGGCCAGUAAAACCUAAAGUAAUUUUCACUUCAAGUCACUUCAACUAAAAUGUUGAAAAUUGUGAUGGACUGAGGGAUCAGCCACACAAGUAUGGGUAUUCGAGCACACAUAUAGAUACACUUACAUCUGCGCGCGCUGGUGAGCCCAGAUAUCCAUACACUUCUCUCAUGUUCAAACAUACCCAUAUGUUACAUUUGGUUAUGACACAUGCCACGUUUGUACAUUUCAUAAUUUAAAGUAUUCUUUACAAUAACCACACAGGACAGCAGUAAUCUACAGUUUUCAUUUAUUUAUGCAGUCACAUACAAAUCAGAUAAUCUAUGAUUUUGCGUACCUUUAACUUAACCAUAUUUCUUUGUACGAGUUACCGAAAUGACGAGGUGUCUGCAGGAGAAAUUCCGGUCCGACAAAAAUUGGAGCCCGUGCGGGAACGGAGUUUUAUCCGAUUGUGGUUCCGCUUGGAUGGACCAUCUGUAGCCGAGACGUGGGGAGAUCUUGAAAUGAACUGUCUAAUUAUCUCCUCCAUUCGGUUUAAAGUCAUGAGUUUAUUUAGUCAUUUGAAAUUAUUUGUCAUUAUUAUAGAUGUGCUUGUUGUAUAAUGUUUGUCUUAAAGUGUGAUGUUAUUGGUUAUAUUUGGAAUUUAUUAUUUCCCCCUUUCCUUGUUGUGAUGAGCUCAUCCAUUCCCUUUUUAAGAGUGAUGGAAAGAUUGUUUGGGAGAUUGGUUGUGAAGGAUUUUAUAUAUUUUAUCUGUGUUCUAUAUGUUUUAUCUAAGGGUUUAUAUCAAUUAUAUUUUCUGUGUGUUUUUUCAUUGUGAUUAUUACUUAUUACGGCUUACCUAAUAUAACAUUGCAUUAUUUUACUAUGUUGAGUAGGGUCUCAGAGUUAAGGGAGAAUAUUAGUGCAAAAUGGUAUUUUCAACAGGAUGUGGGGGUUGUGUGUGUGUGUGCAGCAUUCCAGGCAGGAAAGGAGGACAGGAGAGUAUGCUACACAUCAACGCACAUACCCAUAUAGCGUGGGGUCUAAGAAACAAAGAUUAUGUGGAAACUGGGUGGGGGAAGUGUGUUAUCUUGCAGGUAGUAAAAGAAGAAGGGAGUAGUCUACGAAAAUAUCAGAUGAAGCAUCACUCCAUUGGACACUAAGAAAGCAGCAAAUGUGGAGGCGCUCAGGGGUUGGCCACGGUCCGAAGCAAGCUGGAAGAUACACCCACACAUACACAUAUAAAAAUGUUGUAAACCAUUGAUGCGGGGCAGAAUCUCUGAAAGACAUUGUGUCUGAGAUUGUCCAGCGCGCUGUUUCUGAUCAAUAAACUUCAACAUUUUUUAGAGUUA